UUCUCAGGGUUCAAAUACCUCGGGCAGGUAUUUGGAGCCUUCUCUCGGUCCUCCUGUCUGGGAGGUGACCAGUACCUGGGCAGAUAAGUUGGGUGCGGUUCGGUUGAGAUCUGGACCGGUAGAGUAAGGUGAGGCAGGCGCGCAGGAACUAGAAGCUUUUUAAAUGUUUUAAACCCCAAGAAAAUCACAGCAUCGCUGGACGGGAGGAAAAUGAAAGACUUUGGAAGUGGCCAGGAAUUUGACUCUGCGAGUUGGUUUCCAAGAGCCUAGUUAGGCAUCUCCAAGUGGAUAUUAAAAGGGAACAGCCAGACUCCAGCGGCGGGGGCUGGAGGGGGCGGGGAGAGGAGGCAGUGCCGGAAGCUGCACGCUGGACGGCUGAGGCUACCGCACUGAGGGCCAGGCAGCCGGUCCCGCGCUCAGGGAGAGGACCCAGGGACGUCCCGGGAUCCCAUCGAGGUCCCCCCCCCCGUUUUUUUUAAAUUUCUCUCCUUGUGCUCCCCACUCCCCCUCUGUGAGUCUAAGACAAUGCUACUUCAGUUCGGAACAGAGACAUAUGACCAACACAUGGAAAUGUGGUAAUUUGGAUCUGUUCGUGAUUGCAACAGAUUGAAGAAAUUAGACCAGACAAAGAGUGUUUUUAGAGGAAGAGGAGGAGGAGGAGGAGGCAGAGAGAGGGAGGGCGACGGGGUGAGAAAGGGGAGGAGGACCCCUCUGCGCAGGGGACACCGGCAUCCCAGCUGCCUGCUGUAAAUACAUCCGUAGGAAUGGAGAGAGAUCGCAUCACAGCCUUAAAGAGAUCGUUCGAAGUCGAGGAGAUUGAGCCACCCAACUCCACGCCACCCCGGAGGGUCCAGACCCCUCUGCUCCGAGCCACGGUGGCCAGCUCCAGCCAGAAAUUCCAGGACCUGGGGGUGAAGAACUCAGAGCCUGCUGCUCGCCUUGUAGACUCCCUGAGCCAGCGCUCGCCCAAGCCUUCCCUGCGGAGGGUGGAGCUGGCAGGGGCCAAGGCGCCUGAGCCCAUGUCUCGUCGCACAGAGCUCUCGAUCGACAUCUCCUCCAAGCAGGUGGAGAGCACCCCCUCCACUGCCGGGCCCUCACGGUUCGGGCUUAAGAGGGCCGAAGUCCUGGGCCACAAGACACCAGAGCCUGUCCCUCGGAGGACGGAGAUUACCCUAGUCAAGCCUCAGGAGCCAGUGCUUCGCAGGGUAGAGACCCCUGCCUCCAAGAUCCCCGAGGGCUCUGCCGUGCCUGUUACUGAUGCAGCCCCCAAAAGGGUAGAGAUCCAGGUGCCCAAGCCAGCUGAGGCACCCAACUGCCCGCUCCCGCCCCAGACCCCGGAGAACUCCGAGGCCCCGAUGUCUCAGCUGCAGAGCAGGCUGGAGCCCAGGCCCCCUGUGGCUGAGGUCCCAUAUCGGAAUCAAGAAGACUCCGAGGUGACUCCCAGCUGUGUUGGCGACAUGGCUGACAACACCAGAGAUGCCAUGCUCAAGCAGACGCCCGCAUCACGGAACGAGAAGGCCCCCAUGGAGUUUGGCUAUGUGGGGAUCGACUCCAUCCUGGAGCAAAUGCGCAGGAAGGCUAUGAAACAGGGCUUUGAGUUCAACAUCAUGGUGGUUGGGCAGAGUGGCCUUGGGAAGUCCACCUUAAUCAACACACUCUUCAAGUCCAAAAUCAGCCGGAAGUCAGUGCAGCCCACUUCGGAGGAACGCAUCCCCAAGACGAUUGAGAUCAAGUCGAUCACCCACGAUAUUGAAGAGAAAGGGGUCCGAAUGAAGCUGACAGUGAUUGAUACUCCAGGCUUUGGGGAUCACAUCAACAAUGAGAACUGCUGGCAGCCCAUUAUGAAGUUUAUCAAUGACCAGUACGAGAAGUACCUGCAGGAGGAGGUCAACAUCAACCGCAAGAAGCGUAUUCCUGACACCCGCGUCCACUGCUGCCUCUACUUCAUCCCAGCCACCGGCCACUCGCUCAGGCCCCUGGACAUUGAAUUCAUGAAGCGCCUAAGCAAGGUGGUGAACAUUGUCCCUGUCAUUGCCAAGGCCGACACGCUGACCCUGGACGAGAGAGUCUACUUCAAACAACGGAUCACUGCAGACCUGCUGUCCAACGGCAUUGACGUGUACCCCCAGAAGGAGUUUGAUGAGGAUGCAGAGGACCGGCUGGUGAACGAGAAGUUCCGGGAGAUGAUUCCGUUUGCUGUGGUGGGCAGCGACCACGAGUAUCAAGUCAAUGGCAAGAGGAUUCUGGGAAGGAAGACCAAGUGGGGCACCAUUGAAGUUGAGAAUACCACUCACUGUGAAUUUGCCUACCUGCGGGAUCUCCUUAUCAGGACGCACAUGCAGAACAUCAAAGACAUCACCAGCAACAUCCAUUUCGAAGCCUACCGUGUGAAACGCCUCAACGAGGGCAACAGCAGCGCCAUGGCCAACGGGAUCGAGAAGGAGCCGGAAGCCCAGGAGAUGUAGAUGUGUCCCGCCCCUGGACCCCACCCCCAGAUCUUUUCAUCAUCCCUGGCCCACCCACCUACCCUGUCUUAUUUUAUAUAAUUAUCUCCAUUUGUCACCUGCCUCCAUCCAUCUCUUUCCACACUUUGCCAGGUAACAAGAGACGGUUUACCUCCCAAGUGUGCUCUUAUUGGCUGUAGCAGCAGGGUGGGCGGGGCUACAGCCUGGACUUGCCUCUGUGCUCUACUUCCGCCCCCAGUUGUGAAGGCUAGACCCCCCCCCCCCGCUCAGCCCCUGAGGGAUUAGAAGAGCUAUGUGUCCGUGCCCGCUCUGAGUUCUUAGCUGAAGUCUGUGAGGGCCAGUUCCUAGGGGCUGGAACUGCAGAGGAGCCCCUUAAGCCACAGACCCCAUGGCCAUAGCCUCAAGCAGGUUAUAGAGGCUGCACCAGAGGAGGAUGGAGCUGGCCAGGUAUUCCUGGAGCCCCACCUGCCCCUCCAGAAGGCAUUGCUCACAGCACCCUCAGCUGCCUGCCCUCAAGGGAACUAGAAACGUCACAGCCAAAGUUGCCAAUCACUUAGACAAAGUGACAACCGUGCCCCUCGAGCUUGUCCCAGAGCAGAAAGUGCCUUGAUCACAAGAGCCAGUCACCUCUUCCCAGAUGUCCCUUUGGAUGAAAAGCAGGGACGUGCUGGAGAGGAGAAGGUGUCUUUUCUCCCUCGCCCUUCAAUUCUCUCUCCCCUGUGCUGUAGAUAUCGCUUCUACACUGGGCUUUAAUUAUGAAAGACAGAGCAUGAAAGAUACUCCCCUGCCCCGCCCCCAAUCUUAGGAAGGUCAAAGCAAGAAGACGUGUUGAAGCCAUGAGGGAGGAAGUCUCCUGAGGGAGGAAGCCGUGGAAGGAAGGCAUAGGAUGUGUGGGAUCUGCCCUGCCCAGGUGCCACGGGAAGGCCUAUCUCUCCGGUCCUCUUUGGCCCAGGAUGCUCUGGUUACAUUGGCGCUUCUUUGCCUCACCCUGCCCCGCCCCACACACCUCAGGCUCGUCCCUUAAUGACUCAAGUGACUGUACUAGGUGGGAGCCAGAAACCUGACCAUUUUGUUGUCCACAUGAGCCUAGAGUCCUGUGCCUCGAAACCCAUCAAAAAUACCCCCAAAGAGGGAGAGAUGAGGGCGUCAGAGAUGGAUAGCCAGACUCCAGGGCGGGGUUUCAUAACAGAGUCUGGCUCACUCAUCUUCUCUCAGAGGGAACCAUUAGGGACCAUCCAUGCGCAGCUGACCAAAGCCAUGUCCUUCCUGCCUGCCUCCCAUUCUUGUUUGCCCCUGGGGAGAAGGAGUUUGGGGAGGUUGGUUAGGCUGGACCCGCUUGGGGAAGGUGCCUCUACAGACCUCAGGCUAGCUUUCUGCAGCCUAGAAGCAGUGGGAGGGGUGGGGUGCAGACAGGUGAGAGGUGAACAUUUGUUUCCUGCUUUGGGUGUCUACUCCCCCACCCAAGCAUGGAAGGCCCCCUCAUCACGCCCUACGGCCGAACAGUUUGCUUACCAGCUUGCCAAGUUCUUUUGCCAAAAUCAGGACUUUGAAGGAAAUCUCCAGCACGCUGGACCCAGGGUACUCCGGGCCUUCUCCAGCCCCAGUGUCCCUGGGGAUUUAGCAGCAACCGGUGUCAUCAGAAUGACUUUGUGCCUCUGUAACCAGGUAUUGAAACUGUUCGUCUCACCAGGCCGUUCCACGUCGCCCUUUGCUGGGGGCUUCCUGGUGGGGGGCGGGAAAAGUCUCUCUCUCUUUUUUUUUUUUUUUUUUUUGUUGUUUUUGUAUAAAUAACAAAGUGUUGAAAUGUAUUUCCUGAAAUAAAUGUUUCAAAUACAAA